AAACAACACAAGCUAAACCGGCUACACAACUAAGUUGAACAUAGCAGUAGUCACAUUCACUCACUGCCCAUAAUGGUUGUGUACAUUAUCGUAGAAUAUAUAUUUAUAUCCAUUAUCUGCAGUGUGAUAUUUCUGAUCGUUACCGUUAUCGGCGUUAGACUGUGGGUGGAACCGAUCAAAGCGAAAUGUAAAUGCAAGACAAAACUAAACGGCAAAGUCGCCCUCAUCACAGGUGGCAACACCGGCAUUGGACUGGAAACCGCCAGAGGCUUAGCGAAAAGAGGAGCCCAAGUUAUAAUAGCCAGCAGAAACGAACAGAGAUCCAAACAAGCAGUGACUGACAUCAUAAGAACAACUGGAAACCCCAAAGUCGAAUACAGACAUCUAGACUUAUCGAAAUUCUGGAGUAUUAGGAAAUUUGCUGAAGAUUUUAACAAAGCGUUCGACAGACUGGACUUCCUCGUCAACAACUCUGGUGCGUUAGGCCUGAAGGAGGACCUGAAUGAAUAUGGCAUAGACACAGUUACACAAACCAAUUACCUGGGACCGUUUCUUCUCACCAACUUGCUCCUAGAAAAAAUGUUACAUUCAAAGCCUAGUCGUAUCGUAAUAGUCUCGUCCUAUGCGCAAAAACUGCACAGAUUUGAUAUAAACGAUAUAGUUGGUAAUAGAAAACUAGGUGUUUACAUUAAAUAUAGUAAUACAAAAGUGUACGAUGUUAUGUGGACUAAAGCUUUGGCGAAACGAUUGCCUGAAGGCGUUACGGCGAACUGUUUACAUCCAGGUGGUAACAUCGGCAUUGGACUGGAAACCGCCAGGGGCUUAGCGAAAAGAGGAGCUCAUGUCAUCAUAGCCAGCAGAAACGAAGAAAGAUCCAAACAAGCAGUAUCUGACAUAAUAAGAACAACUGGAAACCCCAAAGUCGAAUACAGACAUCUAGACUUGUCGAAAUUCUGGAGUAUUAGGAAAUUCGCUGAAGAUUUUAACAAAGCGUUUGACAGACUGGACUUCCUCGUCAACAACUCUGGAGCGGCAGGCCUGAAAGAGGACUUGAAUGAAUACGGCAUCGACCCAGUAACACAAAUCAAUUACUUGGGACCGUUUCUUCUUACCAACUUGCUUCUAGAAAAAUUGAUUCGUUCACAGCCUAGUCGUAUCGUAAUAGUCUCGUCCUAUGCACAUAAACUGCACAGCUUUAACAUAAACGAUAUAGUUGGUAAAAGAAAACUUGGUAUUUGGAAGAAGUAUUGUAAUACUAAAGUUUACGAUGUUAUGUGGACAAAAGCUUUGGCGAAGCGAUUGCCCGAAGGUGUUACGGCGAACUGUUUACAUCCAGGUAUUGUGAAAACUGACAUUUUCCAUAGACUACCGAAGCGUAUGAAAGAUUUUCUGUUAUCAGUUAUUAGUUUAAUGUUCAAGACACCAGAAGAAGGUGCACAGACCUCCAUACAUCUGUGCGUAGCACCUGAACUAGCCAAAGUGACGGGCAAGUAUUUCUCGGAUUGCGAAAUAUCUGAUCCAGCAAGAAUAACCAAAAAGGAAGAAAUUGUCGACCAAUUAUGGGAAGAGAGCAUGUUGUUGGUGGAAAAUAAAUUUUAG